GCUCGUUGCGCCAGCUGAUUGUGAGUGCGAGAGAGCCAGACAGAGGGCAGAAAGCAAGCGACACAGAGUUUUGCUGCAGCAGCGUUGAAGAGUCGAGCUCUUUUUCUUUUUUUUUUUUCUUUUUUUUUUUUGCUGUGAUCGGUGUUUUUUAUCGUCGUGGCGACCGGAGACUCUCCUCCGUUCUUCAUCUCUUCAGCUCGCACCCGGCCAGGGAUUGUUGCUGCUUGAAUGUGCUUUUAACGGGAAGAUGCUGAUGCACUGUGGCAUGCGUGUCAGGUGUGACUGAGAUGGAAAUCCAAGUGUGCUGAUUCCUGUGAAUGCGCCGUGAGCCUUGAUGCUGCUGGGGGACAUGCAGCAGGCCUGACCAGGGGCCCUACAUGCAAUGGAAGAAUGCAAGCAGAUUAUGGCACGGCAGAAAUCUAACAGCCAGUCAGACUCUCAUGACGAUGAGGUCUCUCCUCCUCCUCCGAACCCGGUCGUCAAGGCCCGCCGCCGCAGGGGAGGAGUCAGCGCAGAAGUGUACACCGAGGAGGAUGCUGUCAGCUACGUACGCAAGGUGAUUCCGAAGGACUACAAGACCAUGACUGCCUUGGCUAAGGCCAUAUCGAAGAAUGUGCUGUUUGCUCACCUAGAUGACAACGAGAGAAGUGACAUAUUUGAUGCCAUGUUCCCUGUCACCCACAUUGCAGGGGAAACAGUCAUCCAGCAAGGUGAUGAAGGAGACAACUUCUAUGUGAUUGACCAAGGUGAAGUGGACGUGUACGUGAAUGGCGAGCUGGUGACCAAUAUCGGAGAGGGGGGAAGUUUCGGCGAGCUGGCCCUGAUCUAUGGGACGCCAAGAGCUGCCACCGUCAAGGCCAAGACUGAUCUUAAGCUGUGGGGCAUUGACAGGGACAGCUACCGCCGCAUCCUCAUGGGCAGUACUCUGAGAAAGAGAAAGAUGUACGAAGAGUUCCUUAGCAAGGUCUCCAUCCUUGAGUCUUUGGAUAAGUGGGAGCGCCUGACGGUGGCUGAUGCUCUGGAGCCCGUCCAGUUCGAGGAUGGGGAGAAGAUCGUGGUGCAGGGAGAGCCUGGAGACGACUUCUUCAUUAUCACAGAG